AUGGAUGACCUUGAACGCAGCAAUGCAGAGUUGAAGGAGGAAGUGAAUCAACUUAAGGAACAAAUGUCCAAGCUCAUGGAGUUUAUACAAGAAGCUGCGAAAAAAGACAAUGAAACGCCGUCAUCCACUCCUGACAAUCCACCUGGCUUUUCUCUUGCCCAUGCUCAAGGGGUAGUUAUGCCGCUGACAGUGCAGUCUAACAGGCCCUUCCAACAAGUUUCUCAGCCGCACGAUGUCCAGUUUCCCCCUUAUGGCCUUCCUCCAGGCUAUGCACCGCCUUUUGUUGUCGACCCCACAGACAGUAACCCACCGGCCACUGCCCAGCUUGGCCUGACUCAGUCACAGGGUCCGCUCAACAAUGCCAUGAGAGUACCAUAUGCUAAUGUCCCUCCAUAUGUUGUCCCACCAAAACAGGUGCCACUCCCAAAUACCAGCCAACAAGACAUGACUCACGUCUAUUAUCCCCCGCACUCCCUAACCGUUCCUGUGCCAAAUUACUCGCCUGAGGUGGACCAACAACACCCUAUUUCGCCAACACCUCGCGCUGUUGAAGACGACCAACCCAAAGGAAGGUUGCAGUUGCUGGAGGAAAGAAUGCGGGCAAUGGAAGGUGGAAAUCAUGGUUUUAGUGAUGCAUCAGGCUUGUGUCUUGUCCCGGAUAUUGUGAUUCCCCCAAAAUUUAAAGUACCAGAGUUCCAUAAGUACAAGGGGACUACUUGUCCAAAAAGUCAUUUGACUAUGUACUGCAGAAAAAUGGCUUCACAUACCCAUGAUGAGAAGAUGCUAAUCCAUUUUUUCCAAGGUAGUUUGGCUGGAGGGGCACUGAAUUGGUACAUGCAUCUGGAGCGAAUCCGCAUACGCAAUUGGGGAGAUUUAGCGGAUGCAUUCUUGAAGCAGUACAAGUACAACGCUGAUAUGGCUCCUGAUAGAAUGCAACUCCAAAACACAUUGAAAAAAGGAAGUGAAACUUUCAAGGAAUACGCCCAACGGUGGAGAGAGCUGGCAUCUCAAGUAGAACCUCCCCUAUCUGAGAAAGAGAUCGUAUCGAUGUUCAUCGAAACUCUUCAAUCCCCAUUUUAUGAUAGGAUGGUCGAAAGUGUGUCGUCGAAUUUCUCAGACAUGGUUAUCAUCGGUGAGAGAGUGGAGCAUGGUAUGAGAAUUGGGAGGAUUCCUGCUAAUCACUCUGCAACCAGCAACAUGAAGAAACCUGCUCAAAAUUUUGGAAAGAACAAUGAAGGGGAAGCUAAUGCUGUCACUACCUACCAAACCUCGCAGUGGCAUCAACCAACUCCACCCCAAUCUUCCAACAUAAUACAUCCACACCAAAACUCACCGCAAGACCAGGAUCCCAAGUCCACUAAUAACCAAAGAAACAAAGACAGGGUCCAGUUCGACCCCAUUCCUAUGACCUACACAGAGCUCCUGCCCCAACUUAUCAAAGGUUCCUUGGUGGUUCCUUAUCCCUUGGUGUCGUCCCAACCUCCAUAUCCGAGGGGAUAUGACCCCAAUGCUAAGUGUGACUAUCAUGCUGGAUCUAUCGAGCAUUCCACCGAGAAAUGUCUUGCAUUUAAACAUAAGGUGCAAAAGUUGAUCGAUGCGAAGUUGCUAAAUUUUGCUGAAAAACCAAAUAUUGGGAACAAUUCGUUGCCAGGUCACAGCGUGAAUGCAAUUGGGGAAGAUUCUGAACCUCGCUUGGUCCGAAGCGUGGGAGAUAUUAGGACUCCGUUGAAGCUCGUCUAUAUUGAAAUGUGCAAAAGAGGAAUGAUCAAGGGAAGUCUCGAUGAGGUGCAAAUGUGUGGUUUCCACCCUGGUGCUCCUCAUCACAUUCAGGAAUGCAAUGAGUUUAGAGGGAUAUUGCAAGACCUUAUGGAUCAGAAACUAGUGCGAAUAGGCCAAUCUGGAGCGGACCAUGAAGUAGCAAUGAAUAAGGGGCAGAUCCCGAUCUUUUCAAAGCCGUUGGUUAUCCAUUACACCAGGAGUGUAACCACUCCUUCUUCAGGUGGACCAAAGACCAUUAUUGUACAAGUGGACAAGACUAGCAAAGCCCGGCUACAAGAGAUGUUUGUUGGUAGCUAUGGAGCUGCCUUGGUUUCUACUGAUCCCAAGUCGAUCACCAUCAAACUACCAAUUCCAUUUCCAUUCAAAGAUAGCAAGGCAGUACAAUGGAAAUGUGAUUUUAAGAUCGAAAAUGUCAGUUCUGAAGCUCCAACUAUUACAAAUAUUGGUGACACCAUGGGAGUGACCAAACGCGGGCAUGUUUACACACUAGAAGAUUCAUUAGAGACCUCAUUUCGGGCACUGGAAAUUGCCAGUGCAACGUAUGUGAACAAAGAAAUGCCUGACCUAAAAGCACAAUCGUCAGAUGCUCCUUUGAUGGUCGCUAAAGUAAUGCUCGAGGGAGGUUAUGAGCAAGGAAGAGGGCUUGGAACAAGUGAAAAAGGGAUCGUUGAAGUUCCAACUCCAUUCGAAAAUAAGGACAAAUAUGGGCUAGGUUACAAACCCACUAAGGAUGACAAGAAAAUGGUGGCUGCUGAUAAAAGGGAAAAGAGAUUAGCCAGGUUGGAAAAUCAGGAACCCAAGACUAAGAGACUCACCGUCUGCAAUCUGUCUGAGAAAUUUCGAAGUGCUGGUUUUGAACUUCUGGGCCCGAUAGCUGCGGCAGAAGAAGAUAUUCCGGGAAUCCAGCAUGCUGAUCUAAUUCGUCCAUGUGCGCCAAAUGAAAAUCUCAAUAAUUGGAAGGUUGUCAGACUUGCCAUGGUUUACAAAUUUGUUUCAAAGUAA